ACCAGCCCCAGGGAGUGUAUUUCUGUCCACAUUGGCCAGGCUGGUGUCCAGAUGGGCAACUCCUGUUGGGAACUGUAUUGCCUGGAGCACGGGAUCAAGCCAGAUGGCAUCAUCUCCUCUGAUGCAUCCUCAGGGCAAACAGACUCUUCCUUUGGGACCUUCUUCAGUGAGACAGGAUCAGGGAAGUAUGUGCCCAGAGCAAUAUUUGUUGACCUGGAGCCUGCUGUCAUUGAUGAGAUCAGGACUGGGACCUACCGCACGCGUGUCCACCCAGAGCAGCUCAUCAGUGGCAAGGAAGAUGCUGCCAACAACUAUGCUCGGGGCCACUACACUGUUGGGAAGGAGAUCAUUGACUCGGUUGUUGACAGGGCUCGGAAAAUGGUAACAACCCAUUUGUGGAGGGUCUUCUGCAUUAGCAGCUCUGGUUGCUUAACUUGGCCCUUCUGGCUCUUGGAGCGGCUCUCCGUGGAGUACAGCAAGAAGUCCAAGCUGGAGUUCUCUGUGUACCCAGCCCCGCAGGUCUCCACAGCGGUGGUGGAGCCCUACAACUCCAUCCUCACCACCCACACCACCCUGGAGCACUCAGACUGCUCCUUCAUGGUGGACAACGAAGCCAUCUAUGACAUCUGCAACCGCAACCUGGACAUCGAGCGGCCCACCUACACCAACCUCAACAGGCUGAUUGGGCAGAUCGUAUCAUCGGUCACUGCCUCCUUGAGAUUUAAUGGUGCUUUGAAUGUUGACCUGAUUGAAUUCCAGACCAACCUGGUGCCCUACCCACGGAUACACUUCCCGCUCACCACCUACGCACCCAUCAUCUCGGCAGAGAAAGCCUACCACGAGCAGCUGUCGGUGCCGGAGAUCACCAACGCUUGCUUUGAGUUCUCCAACCAGAUGGUGAAAUGUGACCCGCGCCGUGGCAAGUACAUGGCAUGCUGCCUGCUGUACCGGGGCGAUGUGGUGCCCAAGGAUGUGAACGCGGCCAUUGCAGCCAUUAAAACGCGCCGGUCGAUCCAGUUUGUGGAUUGGUGCCCCACGGGCUUCAAGGUGGGGAUCAACUACCAGCCUCCCACGGUGGUGCCCGGGGGAGACCUGGCCAAGGUGCAGCGGGCUGUCUGCAUGCUGAGCAACACCACGGCCAUCGCGGAGGCGUGGGCCCGCCUGGACCACAAGUUUGACCUGAUGUACGCCAAGCGAGCCUUUGUGCACUGGUACGUGGGGGAGGGCAUGGAGGAAGGGGAGUUUUCGGAGGCCAGGGAGGACCUGGCUGCCCUGGAGAAGGAUUAUGAGGAGGUUGGAAGGGACUCGGCAGAUGGAGGGGAGUACGAUGAGGAAUAA